AUGAGAUCUCAUACAAUGCUUGGAUUGCUCAUAACGCUGGCCCUUUGGUGCCUUGUGAUCACCAACAACACCCGGGGCACAGCUGCUGCAUGCAUCGCUGUUGAGAGGGAUGCGCUGGCUACAUUCAACGCCAGCAUCACUGAUCCUGGUGGGAGGUUACACUCAUGGCAAGGGGAAAACUGCUGCAGCUGGGGUGGUGUGAGCUGCAGCAAGAAGACCGGCCAUUUCGUCAAGCUGGACCUUGGUGCUUACUCCCUCAAAGGCGAGAUCAGUCCAUCUUUGGCCACUUUGAACAGAUUGGUGCACCUCAACCUGAGCCAUAGUGACUUCGAUGGGGUGCCCAUCCCGGAAUUCGUAGGUUCCUUCAAGAUGUUGAGAUAUCUUGAUCCGUCGCAUGCCGGUUUUGGCGGAACAGCUCCUGCUCAACUUGGUAAUUUGUCGAGACUCGUCUAUCUUGAUGUGGGUUCGUUCGGAGGUCCUGGGAUCACUGCAGAUAACUUCCAUUGGGUUUACAAGCUGACUUCCCUGAGGUAUCUGGACCUCAGUUGGUCCUAUCUUGCUGCUUCUGUGGAUUGGCUGCAGGCAGUGAACAUGCUACCGUCACUCCAAGUGCUUCACCUCAACGAUGCUAGUCUUCCUGCCACUGACCUCACUUCUCUUUCUCAAGUCAACUUCACUUCCCUUAAGCUGCUUAAUCUGAAGAGUAACGAUCUGAAUUCCUCCAUGCCGAAUUGGAUUGACAAGCUAUCUGGCCUCUCAGAGUUGGACAUGACUAGCUGUGGGCUUUCAGGGAUGAUUCCUGAUGAUCUUGGCAAACUGACCUCACUUAAGUUCAUAUUACUAGGGGACAACAAGUUGACUGGAGCGAUACCAACAUCAGCUAAUAGAUUAUGCAACUUGGCUCAAAUCAGUUUGUCCGGGAACAUCUUGUCAGAAGAUAUUGAGGAAGCAGGCAAGAGCCUGUUUCCCUGUAUGAAGUGGUUGCAGGUCCUUGAACUUUCGGGUAACAAGUUAACUGGAAACCUAUCUGGUUGGCUUGAGAUAUCUUGA